AUGACUGUCACCCUCGACGACGUCUCCGCUCUUCUUCACAUCCCGGUUGGUGGGAGAUUCUACACUCCAAGAGUGGCCUCGGGAUAUGAUGUGGCAGAGACCUGCGCUUUGCUGUUGGGGUGGGGGAGGCAGAUUUAUUGUAAUGUAGAGGGGCGGUACGAGCAUGCAACCAGGAUGUACCUAAUGCAUCUUGUUGGCGCGAUUUUGUUUGUCGACAAGAGUGGGGGGCACUCAUUCUCCGCCCGUUGGAUCGACAAGCUACAACAUCUUGAGCAGGUGUCCGAGUUUGCGUGGGGCGCCAUUGCCCUUGCCACGUUGUACGACCAGCUUGGACAGUCCUCGCGUAGCGGGGUCAAACAGAUGGGCGGUUACACGUCCCUAUUGUUGGCCUGGGUCUUCGAGCACUUCCCAGACAGGCUUGUUCGCUGGUAUGCGAACCCGGCUUACACAGAGGACCACCCCAGAGCUUGUAGGUGGAUGGAGUCACGGAUGGGGCAUGCUAGGAUGGCCGAGAGUCGAGUACUACUUGAUGAGUUGACGGCAGACGACGUCAUUUGGACUCCAUACGAGGCUCACAGGGAAUGGCGACAGCGGGAUGAGAAGGCUUUGUUCUCAGGCUACAUUCAGUGUCCCUAUCCCCCUGCUGUGCGACCUCAUCUUUCGGAGCGGGUCAUGCGACAGUUUGGGUAUAUACAGACGAUCCCGCGCCACCCUAGUGAGAUGGAUAGAUCUCCCGUAGCUGAGGUAGUUAAUGCGGCAUUCGCAGACUAUGUGUAG